AGGAUCUAUUUCUGUAAGUGCACUAGUGUUAUCACUCUACUUGCCCUGAGCUCUUUCUCCUUCUCCCUCCUUCUCUUUAACGAAGCCUCUUACCCACUUGCUCAAAAUCAUGGCCGACAGAAACAGCCGGGUCACUGUUAAGAGGAAAGAGAAGAAGUCAGAAAACAAAACGAAUGAUGAGAAGGACAAAGAAAAGGAUAAGGGGAAGGAAAAAAAUGUGAAUAAGUCUGCCAAACUUCUGAAAAAGACGGAGAAGACCCCCGAGCAGCCCAAGACGGAUGAAGAGAAGAGGAAUGGGAAAAGUGGAGGCGCAACGGGAGCAGAGGCAACAAACACUGAGGAAAGUGGAGAGUUUCAGCCCAUUGAACUGCCACCGUUUGAGAUUGUAACUGGGGAACAGAUGAGCCCGUUCUACUUCAAGUUUCAGUUCAGGAAUGUGGAGUACUCUUCGGGGAGGAACAAGACCCUGCUGUGUUUCAGGGUUGAUACACCAGGAGGCAGCACAGAGCCUCUGAAAGGUUAUAUGGAGGAUGAACAUGCCACAGCUCAUUCUGAAGAGGCCUUCUUUCAACAGGUGCUCCCUAAUGCUUCCCAAGAGUAUGAAGUCACAUGGUAUAUUUCAUCCAGUCCCUGUGUGGCUUGCACAGCCAAGUUGGCCAACAUCCUCCAGCAGCGCAAGAAGGUCCGUCUCUGCAUUUUCUGCUCCCGGCUCUUUGAGUGGGAGGAGCCGGAGAUAGUAGAAGGGCUCCGGGCUUUGGUGAGCGCCGGUUGCAAACUGCGGAUGAUGAAGCCGUCUGACUUCACACAUGUUUGGGAAACGUAUGUAGAGAAGGAGGACGAGAGCUUUGCACCCUGGGAGGAUUGUCAGGAGAACUAUGACUACUAUGUAGAGAAACUGGCUGAAAUCCUCAAGUAGUAGUGAGUUGGUGCACAUGAUGACAAGAUCUACCCAUUGACUGAACCACAAAUCGGCUUAUUUGUUAAAACCACAUCGGUUGAACUUGUGUUUCUUGUAGUGACUUUUGAAGGUGCAGAUCAGUAUUAGCUAGAAUGAACACUCUCAUGGCAUCAUUUUGUAUUUUUUAUUCUGAUAACUUCAUAUCGAGACACAAAAUGCGUGAAUGGCAUAUUUGUAGCAUGACAUACUGUAGAUAAAUAUAAUCAUUUAGAAGAAAAAAGCAACAACAUUCAUCGCUGAAACAUUUAAUGUUAUAUAAGCUUUGGAGAAGACUAACUUACAUUUACUCACCACUGGGGCCAGAUGCAUAAAAUCCACGACUAAUAGUACACACAAAGACAGAAAUAUGCAUAUGCAUUAUUUUCGUUUGGUUGACUCUGUUUUAUAAGUCUCAGCCAUAAAGGAACUGUGUGCACGUGCAUGCAUGAGCCUCUUAUCAACUCCCAGUUACCCAUUAAUGGAUGUAGAAACACCCUUAAACAAUCAUUGGCAUGGUGAGACUUGUGCCUGCUCCACCACUUGUUGGACAUCAGUAAGUGAUAAGAAUGGCAAAGAAAAAGAGCAAUUUCAUCGAUUUUGUUGCAUCUGCUCUAUUCUCCAACAGUACAACAGCUGUUAUUAAGCCUGACCGUUACUCAGGGCCGUGGCUAUUUAUAGCACUCGUACCACUAAUUCAUUACAUGUACCUGUAAAUCAUCAUCACAGUAAUUUCUCAAUCAUCAUUAACGUCACAAAGAUUAUGAUUAAUGAUUAAUUGAUUAUUUGGGAUAACAUCAAAAGAUCAUCGAUAGAGCAAUAAUAACUCAUUAAUAGUUUAAAAUUAGGUUUACAAAUGCACCUUUGUUUGAAAUUGUACAGAAGGCUGUGUAGACCACAAAAUGAUUACACAAUCAUUCAAAUUGAAACUGUGGGAAAAGACGUACACAUGUGUUUUGUGAGUACACAUCGUUUUACAUCUGGCCCCAUGUGUUGGAACACUAACUAAAGGAGUAUUGAUAAAGUCUCCUGCAGAUCAACACAUGCGUAUAUGUAACAUGCUUAUAAUAAUUGAGAAACAAAAGAAGCUAACAAUGUAUAUGAUUGAUUCUUAAUCACAUAAAUAAUGUUUCAUAUUUUAACUGUGCCUUUAACAUUUACAUCUUGAGAUUUAAAAUGUGUACAAUUCUAACAGUAUUAUGCUACCGAGUAAUGUUCAGUGCAGAACAAAUCUGUGCACAUUUAAAUGGCAUAUGUCUGUUGGUCCAGGGUGCAACUUCUCGUCAACUGUUUUAUUUCCCAUUAAAUUUGGUACGAACAUUUA